AUAUUUUUGUUUUCCAAUAUGGCUGCGCCCUGUGUUGAUUGUUGACAUAUUUGAAACCCUGUCAAGACAGCCUGUUCAAUCAUCAUGGUGAUUGCAAUUGGAUUUGAAGGAAGUGCCAACAAGUUGGGCAUUGGCAUCGUGAAAGAUGGGGUAGUUUUGUCAAAUCCACGACACACGUAUAUUACUCCUCCUGGGCAAGGUUUCCUUCCCAAGGACACGGCUCGCCACCAUAGAGAACAUGCGCUGUCUGUGUUAAAGCAAGCUUUGGAUGAGGCUCAGAUCAGCCCAGAAGACAUCGAUGUUAUCUGUUACACAAAAGGACCUGGCAUGGGCGCGCCUCUCGUGUCUACUGCUCUUGUUGCUCGUACUGUGGCUCAGCUGUGGAAGAAACCUAUUGUAGCUGUGAACCAUUGCAUAGGACACAUUGAGAUGGGCCGGCUGAUUACAGGUGCUCAAAACCCGACAGUUCUCUAUGUUAGUGGUGGAAACACACAGGUCAUCGCAUACUCAGAGAGAUGUUACAGAAUCUUUGGUGAGACUAUUGACAUCGCUGUUGGCAACUGUCUGGACAGGUUUGCCAGGGUCUUGAAACUCUCGAAUGAUCCAAGCCCUGGGUACAACAUUGAGCAACUGGCAAAAAAGGGAUCAAAGUUUCUGGAAAUGCCAUAUGUGGUGAAAGGCAUGGACGUAUCCUUCUCUGGUCUACUGUCGUACAUAGAGGAGAAAGCUCUCCGCUUGCUGGAGUCUGGUGAAUAUUCCGCGGAGGACCUUUGCUUCUCCUUGCAGGAAACAGUCUUUGCCAUGCUCAUUGAGAUUACAGAGCGAGCCAUGGCACACUGUGGGUCCCAAGAGGUUCUCAUUGUUGGUGGAGUUGGAUGCAACAAACGACUGCAAGAAAUGAUGGAAAUUAUGGCCAAAGAAAGGGGUGCAACUCUGUAUGCUACAGAUGAGAGAUUCUGCAUUGACAACGGUGCAAUGAUCGCUCAGGCUGGCUGGGAGAUGUUCCGUACGGGAGUGACCACACCACUGGAGGAGACAUCUUGUACUCAGAG